ACAGAGGCGACUUCCACUCACUCACAAGUCUCAUCUCUUUCUCCAGCUCCGACCUUGGAAACGUCCCAAAGUACAGUGGUGUCUUCUCCCUCAAGUUUGUCUCCCAGUCAUAUCCCAACGCUGAGCCAGGAGACAUCGCAUCCCGCGACAUCUGCUAUCUCUAGUUCUUCUGCACCACACACUCUGAAGACAACUACGGUGUCCACCGCUUCCUCAGCAGCUCCUAGUCCUCAAGGGGUCUCUUCUGGCACAAACAUGUCAACUAGUCCUCCUUCUCCGACUAGUGAGCACCAGAGCACCACCCACGUUUCAUCUGCUCCCCUAUCUUUGAAAACGAGCACAUCGCAGGAGCAAACGUUGCAUUCCACCACUCUGCGUCACACCGUGGAGACAGGAAGAGUCGUGCAGAGUAGCCUCCCUUCCAGCACAGCAAGGCCUGAGACCAGCUUGCCCUCCACCUUAUCCACCUCUGAAAGCCACACGACCAGAAGGACAACUGGCGUACCUUCAUCCACUCCCAGCACAACAGAGGCGACUUCCACUCACUCACAAGUCUCAUCUCUUUCUCCAGCUCCGACCUUGGAAACGUCCCAAAGUACAGUGGUGUCUUCUCCCUCAAGUUUGUCUCCCAGUCAUAUCCCAAUGCUGAGCCAGGAGACAUCGCAUCCCGCGACAUCUGCUAUCUCUAGUUCUUCUGCACCACACACUCUGAAGACAACUACGGUGUCCAUCACUUCCUCAAGAGCUCUUCCCCCUCAUGGGGUGUCGCCUGGCUCACCCAGGUCAACGAGUCCUCCUUUGUCGAAUACUGAGCAGCCAAGGACGAACACUCACCUUCCUUUGACAAUGAACACGUCACACGAGGGAACGCUACAAUCUACGAGUCUGAGUACAGCCUCCGCAACGGACCUUCUGCCCCCCAAAUGUUGGAAUGGGGGGUUUCCUGUCGGGGAUCGCUGUGAAUGUCUAUCGCCUUAUGUGGAGCCAUUUUGCAAGGAGGCAAGGAAUGAAGUCACUGUGGUGAUGAUUACGGCAACCGUCAACGUCUUCGUCAAGGUGGAAGGGAAUUUCACGUCGGGGAUGGCUAUCAUUGGCUCCCCUGCUUUCCGGUCUUUUGUGGCCCGUUUUAAGCAGCAGAUGGAUAUUUUCUAUGCCAACAUCUCUGGGUACCAGAAAAUCGUCGUGAUACGUCUGAGCCAAGGCAGCAUCAACGUGGAGCACCAGGUGGUCCUGCGGGUUCCCUUCUCCAAGUACCAGGCCUCCUACGAGGCAGCCGUGGAGGAGAUCCAGGCCCAGCUGCACAGCAAGGACUGCACUUCCAAGUCCACAGAGAAGCUGUGCUUCAACGCGAGCGACUCUCGGGUGACGCAGGUGCCUCUCAGCCCUGAAGACCUGUUCAACACCUGCAGGAAUAACUCGGUGAUCCAGCAAGAGCUGCAGCCGUUCUACCUGGCCCGAAACAUCAGCAACCAGCUACAGUGCGUCUCCAACUGUAGCUUCUUCCACCCGGAUCCCUUCCGCUGUGACAAGGGAAACUGCCACAUCCAGACCAACGGGCCGAACUGCUACUGCCAGCAGUCGGACGCCUACUGGUACACCGGCCGCCACUGUGACCAGAGCAUCAGCAAGGUGGGGGUGGCCGUGGGGGUGGCCCUGGGCCUGGCGUUCCUGCUGCUGGUCAUCCUGCUCCUGGCCGCCCUCCUCUGCUGGCAGCGCCGACGCUCAAGGAAGGACCCCAGGCGCUUGGAUUUGAACCCCAGCGAGGAGAAGUGGUACGAGAAUGAGCCGGACUGGGGGGCCAGGCCUCAGGGCCUCCCCCCACAGAGCCCCCCAGCCCAGCAACAGCAGCCAGGCCCCUCUGCCAGCACCAGCCAGGAGGACACCAGCCCCACGCCCACCCAGGGCAGAUUCCAGCCUCGGCUCGACCAAGUGGACACUUCCCUCCAGGCACAGAUCACUCGGCCCAGGAUAACCCGUCUCUGAAGAAGCCGCCUCAGGAGCCCAGGUUGGACCGGAGCAGCUGUCCCGAUCUGCGGUGGGGCUCCCUGGGCCCUGCCAGCCCUGAGCUGGGCGCCUUGGAGCGGCUCCUGAGGCCGUGGGAGGACAAGGAGCCUCGGUGGCACUCGUGGACGUCUGCUACGCCUGGAUGACGAAGUGUACUUGGGGCGCUUGGGCUGGCAGCCCCCCCCCUUGCCCUCCUCCUAGUUGGAGUUUGCACAGAUGUGGGGCCACAGGGGCCAGAGGCCGCUGCCAGCGCUGCCCACUCACCCGUGACUCGCCCGCUGUCGCUGCAGGCAGGGACAGUGACCCCGAGGCCUUACAAGUUGGCAAAGGUGCCAAGGGGGCUGAUGAUGGGGGCAGGGCCGCUUUGGGUAAUAAAAGCACUGAA